CCCAGCCCAGGAACCUCCAUCCCACCAGAAGCAAUCGCUCUUGCAGGACGCAUGUACGACGCUGCCAGGCAGGGCAACGCUGAGCUACUACAACAGGCUAUCACGGCCGGCCUGCCCCCGAACCUGACGAAUGGAAAAGGCGAUACUCUGCUCAUGCUUGCCGCCUACCACGGCCAUGCUGAUCUCGUCCGCUUUCUCAUAGACCAUGGUGCGGAUCCCAACAGGUUGAACGACCGCCAUCAGAGCCCUAUUGCAGGCGCCGUCUUCAAGAAAGAAGAUGAUGUCAUCGAGGCUUUACUGGACGGAGGAGCAGAUCCCGAGUACGGCAUGCCCUCAGCGAUGGAGUGCAUUGCCAUGUUCAAGCAAGAGGACACCUGGAAAGCCAAGUUUGAAGCAGCAGCUGGUCGAGGCAAGGCCGGCAAA